CCCGACAGACAAUUUACUCCCAUUCUUGACUUUGCAGCCAGCCUACCCUAAAUUAUCAUUAUGCCUCAAGCAGUCACUCCUCGAGAAAUCCUCAUUGUUGGAGCGGGUCUAGGAGGUCUCGCAGCCUCCCUAGCCCUCCAAACUGAUGGCCACAAGGUCACCGUUAUCGAUUCAGCCCCAGAAUUCGCUGAGGCAGGAGCUGGGAUUCGUGUUCCUCCGAAUAGCUCGAGGUUGCUACUCCGCUGGGGUGUCGACCUUGAAAAUAUGAAGAAGUCAGUCUCAAAGAGAUACCAUUUUCUUCGAUGGGCGGAUGGAUCAACGAUCACAAAAGUCCCGUUUGACAACAUCGUCGAGACACACGGGGCGCCCUAUUACUUGGUUCACCGCGCCGAUUUGCAUGCUGGGCUUCUCCAAGCAGCCGAAAAUGCAGGAGUCAGGGUCUACAAGAAGCAAAGGGUCACUGAAUAUGAUUUUGAUGCUCCAAGUGCGACAACUUCUGAUGGAAAGGUCUGGAAGGCCGAUUUGAUCAUUGCCGCUGAUGGAGUUAAAUCUGUAGCACGUCCCCUUCUGACCGGGCAGCCAGAUGUACCUCGAGAUACCGGGGAUGUCGCGUACCGUAUUCUUAUCCCGGGAGAUGAUCUUUUGGCUGAUCCUCAACUUUCCGGUUUGAUUACCGAUCCUUGCACGACCUCUUGGUGUGGGCCAGAUGUUCACAUCGUGGGCUAUCCCAUUCGAAAUGGCGAGAUGUACAACAUUGUUGUAUGUGCCAAGUCGGAAGGGGAAACCACUGAUGAGGUUUGGGUGGUCAAGGGCGAUAAUAGGGAGCUUUGCGAGCGCUUCGAGAAAUGGGAGCCGCGAGUGCAAAAGCUCUGUAAACUUACCAGAGACUUCAUGAAAUGGCGACUCUGCGACCUACCUAUAUUAACGCGCUGGGUCCACCCAUCGGGCAAGGUCUGUUUGCUCGGCGACUCAUGCCACCCUAUGCUUCCAUACCUCGCCCAAGGUGCUGCUCAAGCUGUUGAAGAUGCGGCGACUCUUCGACAAUGCCUUGCCGCGGAGCCAGAUCUCACAACAGCCUUGAAAAAGUACGAGAAGAUUCGCCUGCCAAGAUCGUCCACUGUGCAGGCCAAAACUAGGGAACAUCAAUAUAUUCUUCAUGUUGACGAUGGGGAGGAGCAAAAGGUGAGAGAUACGAAGAUGGCUCUCAACGCAGAUGAGAAUCCGAUCUUUUGGGGACACGAAGAGAGACGUAAGUGGCUAUUCAGUCACGACGCUGAGGUCUUGAGCAAAAGUGGGGCGAAUUGGACGGAGGGCACGACAGUGGGCGUAAAGGCUCACUAGAAUCAGUUAUAUGUUUUCCUUACCACAGUUAAUGAAUACAAUGAGAGAUUUUAAAAUCAC